CAAUUGUGAACAUCCUCUCCCUAGAGAACUUCUGACAACUUGUAAAAUGUCGAUACCAGCGAGUGGUGCGCUUCGCAGAUCUGGCGGAGUUGUUUCCGCUAUAGGAAAACAAGUCAAAUUAAUUAACUUAAAAGCCGUGAAUAGGAUCACUGUAACUUUCGAUCCCUUCUCUGAAAAUGUCAAAUCAACCAGGGACUUUCUAUUCUUCCUCUCGAUACCUCGAGUCGCCCAAACAAAUCCAAAGUGCCUCCUGAAAACUGAAGUAGUGUGCGAUCGGCAACCAUCCGAGAUCAAAUUCUCUUUGAUCCCUCCAAUUCAAGAGCAAAUCAAAGCCAAAGAAAUUCGCUUCCAAAGCGACAACCUCACAUGCUUGGAACUCCUGCAACUUUGCAAUAAGCACAUCACAGCUCUUGCACCGAAAGAAGACGUCACAAACGUUAUACAGACGAAAUCAGAAAAGAAAACGUCUGGCGGGGCCGGGAAGAAAGGCGCGAAGCGGAAGUAGAGUCCAAAACUAUAUGUAGGCUAAAAUAAGCUAGUAUCGUUAUACAGAGACAGUAAAAAAGCUCCGCAUAAUGCCAAAGAAAAAUCGUGGGCACUUGGAAAUUAUCGAAAGGUUUUACUACGAUAUUCCAGCAUUCACAGAUAUC